AAAAGCUAGAGGUGUCUGGAGAAAAGAGAUAUUAAGGUGUUGAGCUUUAGUCUUUUCGUCUUUGUCUUUGACACUUGGGCAAUGUUAUUAUAGUGUAUAUGAUGGUACUUGAGGCAUGUGUCCAGAGCCUGACAACCUCCCAGUCCCUCUUCAUUUUCAUUUGGACACUUAAGUAGCUUAUGGACUCCUUCUGCUCGGCACUUUGCACUGACAUUUUUAUGGUGAUGGAGAAAAUCACGAAUUAAUCAGGUAUAAGUUAGAGAAAGCUUCCAAAAUCUGAACAGAUGAAGAUCAAUUGAUAAAUCAACCCAGCGAUUCACCAUACUUUCAAGGGUCGCGGGCCGUGGAGCGCUUGGCGGGCGGCGUAGUGCUCUUCCCCCACCCCCCCCACCUCUCCUUCCUUCCGCCGCUUUGUUAGCGCGAACACACAAACGCGCCUCACCUACACGGUGAAGAGGAAGGGAGCUCUCUCCCCGUACAAUAAUGGGCACCCGGCUCCUGCCCCCCGGGCCGCCGCAGAGCAGCGGAAAGAAUGUCGGCGCGGGCCGCGGGUGACGUCAGAAGGGAGCAGCGCAGCGCGGCGGCGGCCAGGCAGCGGCAGCGGCGGCCCCGCCACGGCGAAGGAGGCGGAGGCGGAGGAGGCGGGAGCGGCGCCGGCCCCGCCGCCACCGCAGCGGCAAUGGCGGCCGUCGGGGAGCGCAGGUCCCUGCCCAGCCCCGAGGCGAUGCUGGGGCAGCCCUGGAGCCACUGGGUUGAUGCUGCUAAACUUCACGGGAACGACGGAACAGCAUUAGAAGAAAAUUUCAAGGAAUACGGAAGAAAUCGAGAAGCAAUGCGACUUUGCCGAGAAGAUAUGCCAAUAUUUGGUCUUUGCCCGGCUCAUGAUGAUUUCUAUUUGGUGAUGUGUAACCACUGUAAUCAGGUCGUAAAACCACAGGCAUUUCAAUCACAUUAUGAAAGAAGACACAGCUCCUCCAGCAAGCCGCCUUUGACUCCUCCUUCCUCUUCAGUAUUUUCCCUCAUUUCAUCCUUCCCUUCAAAAAACAAAGGUAGCAGUGGAAGUGGGAGCAAUCGUUCAUCCAGUGGCGGUACUAGUGCAUCAUCAUCAAAUUCCAAGUUGUUGAAAUCACCCAAAGACAAGCUGCAGAUCAGCGGAAACAACAGGUUAAUGCAUUCGGUACAGCAUAGCAAAGUUCCCCAUGAUAAAAUUAUGACUCCAUCUGUCAAAGUGGAAAAGAUUCAUCCAAAGAUAGAUGGUGCCCAACUGAAAGCUGCUGUUGGUCCAACUUGUUCUACUACUGUGAGUUCCUCAAUAAAGACUGGCCUUAAUUGUCCCUCAAUACCAAAGCCACCCUUGCCUUCCCCUGGACAGAUACUGAAUGGUAAAGGUCUUCUCUCUGUGCCUCCAUUUUUGGAAAAGAAACCUGAAGAAAAUACCAAUAAUAGGAAAUUUUUACAUAAAAGAUUGUCAGAGAGAGAAUUUGAUCCUGAUAUAUACUGUGGUGUCAUUGAUGUGGAAACCAGGAAACCUUGUACUAGGUCUUUGACAUGCAAGACACAUUCCUUAACCCAGCGGAGGGCUGUACAGGGUCGAAGAAAACGAUUUGAUGUGUUAUUAGCUGAGCACAAAAGCAAAACCAGGGAAAAGGAACUUCUUCGACAUUCGGAUCAUCAUCAGCAGAUGCCCCCUCUCAGGGAACCACAUCCCUCACCUACUAAAACUUCCCAGGAGCUGCACCAAAAUUCUCAUGGAGUUACUCUUACAGAAACAAAGCCUUUAUUACCUAAUAAACCCAAACCUCACCCCCCCAGUCUUCCAAGGCCUCCAGGCUGUCCAGCCCAGCACAGUGGAAAUGCCCCUAGUGAGUCUCCUUCUGUCCACGAGUUCCCGCACCCUCCCUUGCCUGCCGCUGAGCCAGCAUCUCGGUUAUCCAGUGAUGAGGGAGAAUGUGAUGAAAAAGAAGAGCCUGUUGAAAAACUGGAUUGUCAUUAUUCAGGUCAUCAUCCUCAACCAGCCGCUUUUUGCACAUUUGGUAGUCGGCAAAUUGGAAGAGGUUAUUACGUGUUUGACAAGCGGUGGAACCACAUUCGAUGUGCACUUGACUUCAUGUUGGAGAAGCAUCUUAAUUCACAGAUGUGGAAGAAAAUUCCUCCAGCAUCUAGUACCACAGCAUCCAUUCGUGCACCACAUCGGACAAACUCGACGCCUGCUUCGCAGUACGGUGUCAGUGCAGCAGGUUUCCUCUUGCCCACCACGGUUAUGUCAUCGCCAGCGUUGGUAUCUCCUUCCUGUGUGUCUCUGAAUAAUAAAUCGGUACCAUCACAUGGAACGACACUAAAUGCCAAUCCUGCUACUUUGGGUGCAGUGGAUCCCGUCUGCAGUAUGCAAUCAAGACAAGUGUCUUCGUCCCCUUCAACACCUACAGUGCUUUCCUCUGUACCUUCACCUAUGCCCAGCAAACCUCAGAAAAUGAAAUCCAGCAAAUCUUUUAAACCUAAGGAAUCUUCUGCUGGCAGUGGCACCUGUAACAGCACCGGCAGCGUCAGUAGCAGCGGCGGCUCAGGAAAGAAGCGUAAAAACAGUUCCGCACUGCUCGCACCUUCUCAUUCCACAGAGUCCUUUAGGAAAAACUGUGUGGUUAACUCUGGAAACUCUGGGACCUCCUAUCAUCCAUCGGUGACAGCUUCGUCCCACAGCGUUGGCCUCAACUGUAUGACUAGCAAAGCUAACUCUGUUAGCCUCAAACAUGACCAAUCAGGGAGGGGCCCUCCGACUGGAAGCCCUGCAGAAUCGAUAAAGAGAAUGAGUGUGAUGAUGAACAGCAGCGACUCCACGCUCUCCUUAGGGCCCUUUGUUCAUCAGUCUAGCGAGCUGACUGUAAAUUCCCAUAGCAGUUUUUCACAUUCACAUACUUCCCUUGACAAAUUAAUAGGAAAGAAAAGAAAGUGCUCACCUGGUUCAAGCAGCAUAAACAGCAGCAGCAGCAGCAGCAAAGCAAACAAAGUUGCCAAAUUGACAUCGGUGAACAACGUUCAUGCAAAACACACUGGUGCAAUCCCAGGGACGCAAGGACUGAUGAACAAUUCUCUUUUUCAUCAGCCAAAGGCACGGCCCUGAUAGCUGAAUGCACCACGGUGAGGAACGAACUGGACAAUUUUCACUACAAGCAAAACCUCCAUCUGGAUUUCUGGACUCCAAGAUGCCUUGAGUUUUCCCAACUUCCCAUGGUCCUCAGGUGUGGAAAUCUACUGGACUGUCACUUAAGGAAUUUCCCUGAAGCCAUGUCUGUAGCAGCGAAUAUACUAGAAAUGGACACUGGAUGAAGUUCAGCCACAUAAUUGCUCUUAUCAGUGUUAAUGGUGGUCUGGACUGUUUGCUACAAAUCUGUGAGAUUUUUACUUACAGGAGUACAUCAUCUUGCCACUAUUUGACAUAGAUCGGCUGGGCAAACGAAUGUUUUCUGGGGGGAAAUAAACGUUACUGUGGACUUAUUUUUAUACUGAUGGUGUCUUUUGUAGGUGAUAGCUGACCAGACAGACACCCUCAAUGGAGAGGACCCCAUGACUUGGGGGAAAAAAAAAAUGUGUGAGGCACAAUGGAAAGAAGCCCUCAAGAAGGGAAUAUGGCUUUAGUGUUUUUAUAGCAAUGUUCCUUUAAUGGAAUAUAAAAAUAGCACAAUUCAAAGAAAAAAAAACCCAACAAAACAUGUUGUCUGUGUUUUGCCCAGCCUUUUGCAAGUAAUUUGGGAUAAGAAGCUAUCAGGAGUUUAAACAAAAACCCACAAAACAAACCCAACAAUGACCAGAAAAACUUGUUUGAGGCUGUUGCUCAGAAAACAAGUCUAAAAAUACUCGUGUGAUACAAGCCCUGUUUGCUGUUCUUCUGAAACAGGUUUCAUUGCAGAAGGGGAAAUAAAUUAAUUUUGUGUUUGAGAAAAAUCCCCAAGCAUCAAACCAACAAAGGCAAAUAACCUCUACAACUCUGUGCCCAAAGAAGAGAUUUAUUGACCCAUGCUGUAUACCAUAGGCCUUUGUUAUUGAAGCAAAAUAACAGCCCUAUUGGUUAAAUGAGGCUGGAUUUGCCUUUUGGGCUGGUAAAAAGAGCCUUUUAAAAACUUAACUAUUUAAAGCAUUUAAAUAUUCUCUAAACCCCACAAAAGUCAGUUUCUUUAUGCCUCGUUUGUAUAACGAGAGCACUUUCAACCACUUCUGUGAGGUUUUAUUUUGUUCCAGGUUCUGGACUACAGGCCAAUUUGUCAUCAGUUGGCAGGGCAGCGCAGGCGUGUGCCUUGUGCUCACCCCAUGCCUUCCCAGGCUUCACACAGUUUGAUACAGUCCAGGCCAUUUUUUAAUGAAAUGUUUUUGUCUUGCUUCAAAACACCUCAAAAGAGAAACCUACUGAAGGGCUUUGUUGCGUUAUGAUUUGAUUGGUCUGGAUGUGUUUAAGUUUUUAAACAUCAGGUAAAAUCUCAAAAUGGACUAAACUUUUAUUGAAGGGGCAAAGUGAAGCAAAACAAAUCCCUUAAUGGAGAAGACAGGGGGUUUUUCUGCCUUAAAGGGGCACCAGCUGUUGCUGAGAAAAGACAAUCUGAGCCUGUCCAAUUGUUUGUGUAGCCCAGCCUUCUCCCCAGUUCUGGUGGCAAGCAGUACAUCAGGGAAUCCAAAGCCACGCUGAGUAGCAGUUGCUUAGUUGUUUACCUAACGAUGCUUUCAGUUUAACCUGAACUUGCUACGGAAUCAUGGUUAUACGGCGACACAACGUGAAGCCUCUAUGCAGACACUUUAGCUUUGAAUUGAUAGGAAAGAUCACAUUGAGAAAGCAACGUACUAGAGACACUUAUGCAAACUUUAGUUUAAAAAACAACAAAAGAGACAGCUUUUCAGGAACAAAAAGGAUUGACCUGUGAAAGGAUUGUUGGAACGGCAAUUGGUUUAAUGUAAAAAGAGCCAAAGUGAUAAUGCCACAAAGAGAAAUCAAAGAGUAUUAAAUCUGGCACGUUUGGAGUGGAAUCCACGCUCUGCUGGAGUGAGUCCCUGGGGCAGCGCUCCCACCGCAGGGUAGCAUCAGUCACAAGUGCAAUUUGACUCAAAGGUAAAGGAAACGAAAAUUUGGCAAGAUCCAUCAGUAAUGAGUUUGUGAUCCAACUCUCCUCUGAGUUUUCUUUUCUUGUUUUUCUUUUUUGGUAAGGUUCUGUUGAUCUGAAACCAUAAUGGCAAAUCUGUGUUCCUUCUAUAGCGUGCACACACCUUAAAGUGAAUUCCCGGUGGCUGCUCGUACCGAGCCAGUGCCCGCAGUCACCCGCACCUGGGUGUGAGCCAUCCCAGCACAGUUAGAACAUCUCACCCGUGAGCAUAGACCUGCCUCGAUACCAUGGUUUGGAUCUUGGUUGUAAGCAGAACACCGUUCCUGAAGCUUUUAUUGUCACAUAGUUCUUACUGUAAAUAAUUAAGGAAGCUUAAAAUUAGUUGUCCUUGCAAAAUCGAAUUUGCAGUGGCUGGGUUGUUUCUAGACAGAUUUUGGUAUUAAUUUAAGAGAUACAGUUUUUAUAGUCUUUCCAACUUCUCGUUAUGACUCCUGCAGUUUUCUUAACCUAAAAAAUUGCUGCAAUGAUGAACAAAGAAUUAUACAAGAAGAAAAAAAAAAGCAUACUUUUGUAUCUUUAUUUUGGAAUUUCUUGUUCUAUUAUAAAUAUUGAAGUAUCCCUAUUUCAGAAGACAUAUUUUGUUAAUUGAUUGUACAUAUUUAAAUAUGUAUUUUUGCACAGGUCUUUUUUUCUUAUAUCCAGUUUUGGUACAAUUGAGAUCAUCUAGUAUUUAUUUAUUAAUUAAUUAAAAAAAAAAGGUGAAAAAAAAGAGGAAAAAAAGCAAAUACCUUUUUAUAAUUUGAAGUGGUUCACUGCCAAGCCAAUAGCUAACAUGCCUACUUUGCAACUUAAGGGAUGCCUCUGUUUUUGUGAAAGCCGUGUCCCUUUUCACGUCUCGGGAGUGGACAGACCGGUCGGGUUCUGCCACGGGGCCGAGAGCCGAAGCGCUCGGUCUGGCAUUGCUUCUCAGUUGCCUGAUUCCCAGGAGACUCCUGUUCCGUUCAGUGACACACUGCUUCUCUCUCUCUCUCUCUCUCCUCUCUUUCUUUGGUGUUAGUGUGCGUGCGCAGUCGCGUGGGUCUCAUGUGGUUCAAAACUUAAACGGAAAAACUGAAAGUGCCUGAUAUAACUAGUUUUAAGCUUGGACUGUUUAGACAGCUUCUCCUUAAAAGACUUGAAUGUUCAGUUGAAAUUUCGGAGCUUGCUUUUUCCACCUCUCUGUGUGCAGAUACAUAUGUGUGUGUGUAUAGAUAUACACAUAUCUAUCUAUUCUGAAAUGAAUGAGAUGGGUUGACAAAAGAAAGCGAGUGAUGCCGGUAACUUUUGUAACAUCUUUUUAAUUGGCGUACCUCGUGUUGGAACAAUCCCAGUGCUAACUCGUCUUAAGGGUUUGAAAAACAGUUUUAACCAGCAGUGUAUUUAAUUGUCUCAUUUUGGGGAGGGAGGGAGGGCAGUACUCAUAAAUGAAAUGAUUUCUAAAAUGCUCAAAUUAGUUGGUAUUCCCAGGAAAACAAAACAAAACCCCCCGAGUAAGUACCUCUUUAAACCAUUUGAAUAAUAAAGAUGUGAUUUCCAAAUGACCUUUCUAAGGCAGUUGUCUUCCUGUAAGAGUUCUCUUGCCAAGGAAUCUCUCUCGUCUUUCACUCGUUCUGUCCUGGAGGAGGGAAUUGGGCUUAGAAAGAUUCUUAAAUGUUUCACUGCUCAGCAGAAAAUAAUCAUUUUUACCUUUUGUGCAAGAUAUUUUAGGUUUUAAAGGUAAUUUUAAAUGAGCACUACAUAAUGUCAAUGUGAAUGUAGGCCUUGAAAGCAUCUUGCUCGGUGUUGAGCCUGGUUCUAAAAGCAAUCUCCUGUGUAAAAUGUGUGAAUAGUUUGAUAAUUUGUAUACAUAAUCAAGAGCAUCUGAUCAGCUGAACUCUGUGUUGGCUGCUGUAUAGUACAUGAACAAAUGUCAUGGGAUAGAAAAAUUACUUUGGAUAUUUAAAAGAAAAAUAAAUAUAUAGUCUAUUUGUUUUGUAACAAGUUUCUGUAAAUAAAAUAAUUUAUACUAUUUAUAAGAAAAAGUUGUGCUUUGCUUCAUGACAAAGAUUAGUUUGUUGAACAAACAUGUUACUAAACAAGGCAAUAAAAUUAGGACUUUUCAAUAAAUGAGGUUGGUUGCAUGGAAUACACUAUAUGUUUCUGCUUCAUUAUAAAAUCAUUCACCAUUAAAGGAAAACAUUAUCUGA